AUGGUUAGAACUGCGCCACUACCAGGUGCCGCCGCUGUAGCUACAGCAGCAGCCUCGGAAGCGGUCACGACAGAAGCCCCAUCCUCAACUUUAAAAUCAACUUCAAGGCGUAGGAAGAGGCCACCAACGCGCACUUUACCGCAACAUGAAGAAGCUACAACAACCAUCACGGAGGUAGUCCAGUCUGUUCUAAACGAUCUCGUAUCUCGAGUGUCUGGCGAGUUCUCGCUCCCCACGCGACAUCGGAAACGCAAGUCCAACGUAGAAAAACUAACAAGCAGUGAAGGAUCCAAAGAAAAGUCACGAAAGCGACUCAAGUCAGCCAAUGACAAACCAGCAAAGCGAGGGAAACCAGUCAUGAGUGAGGAAAAAAAGUCGCAGCCAGCGGGAAUUGGCACGCAAGAUGGAGAACUUCGAGGCCCAAACACCGUGGCAAGCAGCCUACAGCAACGUGUCGCCUCCAUUUGA